UCUCGGACCCGCCCCCCUCGGCUGGGAAAAGCUAAAGCGUGGCAGGGGCCGGGCCGGGGAAGCGGAGGAGGCGGGUCUCCAUAGAAACCUCCACCUGUUUCCGGCCAGGCUGGGAGAGAUUAGGGGCUACAGCGGGGGCCAAUCUCUGCCAGCUCGCUUCUUCCCAGCGGCCUCUGCGGGAGCGGUGGGUGUUGUACACAAUCAUCAUGGCGGCGGCCGGGGCCCCGGAUGGCAUGGAGGAACCUGGCAUGGACACGGAGGCCGAGACGGUGGCGACCGAGGCGCCCGUGCGGCCUCUCAACUGCAUGGAGGCUGAGACCGCGGCGGGGGCGGCGGCUGAGGACUCCUGCGCUGCGCGAGGCAUCCUGCAGCUAGCCCCAGCCCAGCCCCCUGGGGACCCCGGGGCCCAGGCCUCAGUCAGCAAUGGCGAGGACGCGGGCGGCGGCGCGGCAAGGGAGCUGGUGGACCUGAAAAUCAUCUGGAAUAAGACCAAGCACGACGUGAAGUUCCCCCUAGACAGCACAGGCUCGGAGUUAAAACAGAAGAUUCACUCAAUUACAGGUCUCCCACCUGCCAUGCAGAAAGUCAUGUAUAAGGGACUCGUCCCCGAGGAUAAGACAUUGAGAGAGAUAAAAGUGACCAGUGGGGCCAAGAUCAUGGUGGUUGGCUCCACAAUAAAUGAUGUUUUAGCAGUAAACACGCCCAAAGAUGCUGCGCAGCAGGAUGCAAAGGCCGAAGAGAACAAGAAGGAGCCUCUCUGCAGGCAGAAACAACACAGGAAAGUGUUGGAUAAAGGAAAACCCGAAGAUGUGAUGCCGUCUGUUAAGGGUGCCCAGGAGCGCCUGCCAUCGGUACCCUUGUCUGGUAUGUACAAUAAGUCCGGAGGAAAAGUGAGACUCACCUUUAAGCUAGAACAAGACCAGCUGUGGAUCGGCACUAAAGAGCGGACUGAGAAAUUGCCCAUGGGCUCCAUUAAAAAUGUGGUCAGUGAACCUAUCGAAGGACAUGAAGACUACCACAUGAUGGCGUUUCAGUUGGGCCCCACGGAAGCCUCUUACUACUGGGUGUACUGGGUUCCAACUCAAUAUGUGGAUGCAAUCAAAGACACUGUGCUGGGGAAAUGGCAGUAUUUUUGAAAGCACUUUCACCUCUGGCCCAGGAGACUGACCCAAAGUGAAGGACAUUGCCGGGAAAGGCCUGCAGCAUCCCUGGAUUUCAGAGUUAUGGAACUUUGUUCAAAAACAAACAAACAAACAAACAAACUAUAUUCAAUCUAAGGUGAUGUGGUGACUGAAGCCAGAGGUGAUGUACUUUCACCAUUAGCUUAAUUUUAACUUAAAAUCACCGGUUCCCAUUCUUACAGUCAGCUUCAUACCAUUUUUAAAGUUAAAACGGUGGAAAUCAAUAAAUCUGAAUUCCGAACAUGUUGUGUGGAAUACUCUUAAGUGUGUUUGAGAGUAGAUCUGCCAAUUAUGUUGAGAAGAGAAUGAUCAAAAGCUUUCUGUUUUUUUAAAAGUGAUUUCAACUGAAAUAUUUUCAUAAAUCUUGGGUUGCAAACAUUUGGACUGCAUUGUGAUAAGUUGGGAUUUUUUUUUCCUUUUUCAUAUAAAAUUGUAUGCAACAUGGGGGGGGUUAGUAAGCCAUAUAUUUCUAUCCAUUGAUUCAUAUUUCUUUUCCCUUUUUCAUUUUCUCACUUCCUAGAUUUGAGCUUUUGUUUUAAAAACCCAAAGAUGUCAGUUCUUUUCGUACCUCAUCCAUGCUUCCUUUCCUGGGCUCCCUUCCACCGUGCUGCUGCUGUUUGUGAAUGCAUGGUGGGAGAGGAAAAGGCCUUUGGUCUUGGUCAGGGAGCUCUCACACUUGCUGUGGUGUUUGUUGAGCGGCAGAGUAUCUCACAGUGACUCCUGUCUAAACGUCUUGCCCUCUGGGCCCCCAUCUCUGGGGAGUUCCAUUGCUGGUAUGCAAACCUCACUGAGCUUGGCUUUGAGACCCAGCCUGGCAUGGCUGUGUUCAGCUAUGUUGCUCAAAAGCCCCAACUCCCAGGCAAAGGCCUGCGACAUAGCCACAGAUCCAGAUACCGUCUUUCUUUGGAAGUUUUCAAGAAAUUCUUAAGCUUUAGCAGUCCAAUGAUAAUUUCAAUUAUGCUUCUCCAUUUGGUCCUUCUGCUCAUGCAUUAAGUUCAAGUGUCCUUUAUCCCAGGUUCAGAGAUGCUGCCUUUCUCCAUAAGAAGACAUCUGACCUACUAUCAUUUGAACAACGAAAGUGGGAUAAAUUGCUUUCAUGAUUAGCUCACCUUCUGGUUUUAGCCCUUUUGUUCUUUGUACAUGUGAACUCCUGUCCAUCUCUUUCUGGCUUGAUUGACUCUGAAAUGAGGGAAAGUCUCUUGGUGAAUGAUAUCCUUUGUGCUGUUUGCUGUUUCUCUGCUACUGUCUUUGCAAUUCUCCUCUCACUGGUUGCAGGCUUUCAUAGUAAGGUUUGGCGAGAAAUUUUCCAAACUUCACAUUUUGGAUUCUAGGCUGUUCCCCCUCAUUCUGUGAAAUGUAUUAGCAUGUAUUCACCUAAGAUGACUAUUCCUUGUGAGCCAGUUAAUGAUGUUCUACGCCCUUCCCUUCUAAGCCGUAGUUCAGGAAUCCAGCCCAUGUAGACAGACUCUUGCUUUCUGUGGUGUAGUCAAUGCCAAGCUAUACAUCUGGGCAGGAAAAUCUACUCUUUGCUUUUUUGGGGGCAUAAGUACAUGUGAAGUGCAGCAUCCAAGAAACUGCCUGUUUUUCAUCCCUUGAAAAAGGAGCGGUCAUUGCAGCUUUUCUGUCCUUGUUGGCUUGCAGUUCCUGGGGAAAAGAGUGCUUCUUUGCUACUAGUGCACACCUCCCUCUGCAGGUGACAGUUCUAUGGAGGACAUGAUAUGUAGCAAGGAGAGCAUCAUCUCGGUUCGAAUACUGCCCCCUUUGCCAAUACCCCAGUCCCAGAGACGUGUUUUGAUAGUGCCGCAUACCCACUUUUGAGCUCUCAAAGCAGGCACCUCCAUCCCCAGACUGGCCUCGCUGCUCUCCAAGGCCCCUCCACCCACUCCCCUCACCCAGUUUUCUGUGCCGUGCCUUUUGGGCAAGAGCACGUUUCCCAUCAUCUCCCCACUCCCCAAGGGCCAACUGCUUCUCAUUCAGGCUGGUGUCAUUUCAGGAGGACCAAAGCCUGUGUGAGCCUUUUGAUUUUAAGUAAAAAUGGUGCUUUUUUUCCUUACUUCGAGAUAUAUAUAAUAAUAAUGUAAAUGACACCUUUUCGUACAGAGCUGUUUUGAGUAUUGCUUCACGGAGCUCACUAAAUCUGCCACAAGAAUCUUGAGCUCUGGCUUCUCACUCUGUCUGCACGGAAGACCUUGCUGGAAGCUCUCAGGAGGGCAGAGGUAGACAGCACCAGAAGCCACUGGGAGAAGUGUUUUAGAUCUAUGUCUGGGUCACAGCAGUAUUCACUAUUUUGUCACUCAGUCCCGUGAGCAGUCUCUUCAUAUCUUUCUUACGGUCUUGGAGUGUUCUGACUAAAUCUGUGUAAGCAAAUUGAAAUACUCUUUCCCCUUAGGUAGCAUCACAGUGUUUUAUUAUUUCCUCAGGAUUAUUUCUGUACGGUUUCUUCACUGUCAGAGGGGACCGGAUUUUUCUGUCACUGUGGCAGAGGGCAGGUUGUGGGUAAAGGAAGAGCUGGUUCUGGGAGAGGGACUCUGACAGCAUGACCUGAAGCUAGAGGUCGAGGGAGGGCUGCCCACGGUGGUUGAGGAGGCCGCUGACUCUUCCGUGUGGGACGCCUCUCGGAGCCUCCUGAUGGGCUUCUUUCUUUUCUAGAAUUCGUUCCGAUGAUCCUCCUGCAGGUCUUUGCUCUUAGACAUCAUGCCUUUUUCUCCCUGCCUGAGUUGCUUGGCAGAAUAAUGUGACAACAUAAUCCCUGCAGAGCCCAGUCCCUGUCAGCUCUAUUUCAGACAGUCAAAUCAGAGAAUUUAGAAAGACAGACUUGCAAGUUGCUGGAACUCCUUGGCAUUAAUUAUUUUAAUCCAAGAUGGGCCUUUUGCUAGUAGUGUUAGCUCUUUUUAAGUGGAAUUUAACUGAGCUAAGUAAGGAUGCACUUUCAUAUAAUCUUGUGGACAUAGUAGGGCCCAGGUGAGGCUCUCAGUAGGCUCCUUAGUUGCUGCUUUACCUUAUGAGGGCCAAAGAGAUUAACUGUCACGUUGCCAUGUCUCAGAAAAGUUGCCAUAUUUCACCCAUAAGGGGCUUGUUUUCCUCUUGCUCUUUCUUUAACCAUGUGCCUGGAGGAGUGUUCUGGGCUCUUGCACUUGGCCCACCCUUUCUUUGCCACAGGCAGAGAGGGGACAGGGAACAGAUUCAGUGUGCCAAGGGCCGUGCAAGAGCAGGCCUUUCCACCUAUUGCCAAGGGAGACUGUUCCUCUUGCUCCUCACCUCUGUUCAUGCUUGUUGUCUUGGAAAAGGAUGGUCCCUUUGUCUUAAGGCUUUGUGAUAAAAUCAUCUCCAGUUAGGUUUGGUACCUGUUUCAUUCUUCAUGGGGCCUCAUGGCCUUUCUGAAGUCACAGGUGUUCAGGAGCCCUCUGAUGUGCAGACCAUCUGGUAGAUUUACCUGCCAGGCUGGGUGGUUCUACUGCUUUCUGAAUUUUUAAGAACUUCUUUUCUUUUUUUUCUUAAAGAGUUCUGCAGAAUUAUUUGACAGUAAAUGUAAGUACCAUGUUUUCUUGUGCUGUACGCUCUUUUUGGUUUCUGUUUUUAAAUCAAAUGCCUGUUUGGGAGGAGAUGAACGUAUUUAGUCUAUUAGAUUUGCGCUGCUGGAUUUUUUUAAAAAGUGUAACCUUGACUAGCUGUCUUAUUGUUUAUCCUGUAAGAUUAGUCUAUGAAUUAAAGUUUGAUAAUUAA